UGCGUAGCCCUACGUCAGUGACGCAGCUGUCACGUGAUUACGUGCCCAGAAACAAACAUGGCGCCGCGAAAUCCCAGUGAUCUGUGCUAGGCUGGUGUGUUGUGGUCGAGCCUCCGGACAGAUGAGAGGAGGAAGAGGAGGACACUCUUCAUCAUCAUCAUUAUUAUCUUCAUCAGUCUCUCAGGAGCAGAACAGAAUGUCUGUGAGGAAACAAAUCGUCCAGGAGGCGACGAACGUCCCCACGGAAAUCAUCAUCGACGACAACACACAGGAGCUGGAGUCUGGGGACGACCGGGAGGGGAAGGACGAGCUCUCGUCAUCGCUUCUGUCGCCGCCAUCAGCUCGAAACAGUCGCAGGAGAGAGCGGGAAACCCAAAGCCAACCCAAAGAGAUGACUGAGGAGGAGAUGAUGGACCUGGCUCUGCGUCUGAGCGAACAGGAAGCCAGCAACACGGCGCUCCAGCUGCAGCGGGAAGAGGAGGCCAUGAUGAAAGCCAUCGAAGAGAGCAAACAAAACAGGCUUCGUGGAUCCAGGUUUUUUAACCGACACGGACCCGGUUCCAAAAGGCCGCUGCCUUCAGAACCACCCUUAAAUAUGGUCGGCCAGACUCAGCCGUGCCCGCCAUCCCAGAGUCAAAGCCUCCUCGCCCACGCCUCGCUCAGACUCUGCUCCCGACGGAAGCUCCUGUGCUCAAAUGGGAUGAGGACGCCGUCCAUCGACCAGGGAGCCUCCAAGGACGUCUGUACGCCGGAGAUAGACCUGACCCAAGAAACAAAAGGAGCUGGAGAUGAAAUAAAGAACAGGAAUAAAAAGCGGAAAAGGAAAGAAGGAAUUCCUCUCGAGACGUCAGACGUUUCCCAGAAGAUCGACUCUCAGGCAUCGCCCGGCAGCUCCCAGCCUCUGGACUCACCGCAGAUCGACGACUCUCUGCUCUGUAAAUCGCCCGUCUUCCUGUCCACUGACUGCAGGGCGUUGGUUCACGUCCCGCGGCUCAGUCAGGACCUGCUGGAAACCUGCAGAAGCUCAGGGUUUGUAUUGUGCUCUCAGGACACUUGUGCCUCCCCUCGGACGUCUCUGCCCGCUCUACCCAAGAGCCCGACGUUUCCCAGAAGCCCCGGUAACCUCACGUCUUGUCCGAAGAGUCCUGUCUCUCUGCAGGGAGACGAUGAAGAAACGCAGCUUACGCAGAGUCUCGAGUAUUUGAGAAGUCCCGUGUUUGGCAGGAACUCUCAACGUGAGACGACUCCAAGUGCCUGCAAACCUCUCGUCAGUGUCUGUAAAAACUCAGGGUUGGAGUUCUCCUCCUCUCAGGAGAGUUUAACCUCCUCUGUGAGGACCACUUCCUGUCGGGCUCAGAGCCCCGUCUUCCCAAGGAGCCCGGCCCCUCCCCCUCCCCCAGAGAGAUCACCGAUCUGCGGCAGCCCCGUCUUCUCAGAGACGCACCGAGGAGCCGCUGAGCCGAGUCACGGCCCUUCUUCGAGUCCGGUGUUCGGCAGGAGUGGACGAGAGGUCAGUGAUGACGAGCCGAAGACGUCUGUGGUUCCUUCAGAGGUCGAAAGGUCAAACAGGGAAGUGAGUCGAGCCGCCGGCGAGGAGUCUUCUCAGAGGCCGACGCAGCCCUGCAACCCUGACCCUCAUCAGGACGACGUCAGGUCGAACAUGAUCACCGUGUCGUCUCUGUCAGAAGAUUCACAGGAGCUGGUUGAAACACCUGAAGACUUGAACGCAGCAGAGACGGAGCUGACCAGCGAUAUGACGCUCGUCUGGUCUGACAAGGACGAGGACGUCACGCCGGCAGGUUCUCCGAGCCCGGUCUUCCCAGAGGAGAGAGCUGCUGGCCGGGCAGAGGUUCAGGUUUCCUCCCUGAACCACGACUCUGCAGCUUCUCCAGGAGCAGAGCGGAGGAGCAGCUCCGCAGAGCGACAGCUCCAGCCCGUCAGCAGCGGGGGGGCGGGUGCUCCGCCUGCAGCCGGGCCGACGGUUCAGUACUACUGGGGGGUUCCCUUCUGUCCCCGGGGCCUGGACCCAGACGCCUACACUCAGGUGAUCCUGGCUCAGAUGGACGUUUACGACAAGAGUCUGAAACAGGCUCAGCGGCGUCUGCUGAGGAAGGCGCCGUGGGGGGACGCCGUCCUGCCACAGCCUGAGAGAUCUCCUUCACCUGAGUCGUCUGCUGAGUCUCCUCAACGUCUUGUUCCUCGAAGACGAGGUAUCAGGUUGAGGAAGAAAAACCAGAGUCAGGAGUCUCCUCCAGCUGAGGCAGAGGAGGAGGGAGCGGAGCAGAGGGAAGGAGAGGAAGAGGAGGAGGCAGCGAAGCAGAAGAGGGAGGGAGGAGAAGAAGGACAGAUGGAUACUGACGACUGUGACGUUUGUCCAGAAACUCAACUGAGUAACAACGAUGACGAUGAAACACAAGAUAUGAUGAUUGACGCUGGAGCAGAGCCCCGCCCUGAACGUCCGGAUCUCCCUGAGGUCCAGAUGAUUCCUCGAGACGAUCCUCCAGCUGCGGUCGAGCCGCCGCCGCCGCAGGAGGGAAAGGAGGAGAUGGAGGUGGACGCCGCAGUCUGUGGCCCAAAGGAGGGAAACGUCCCUGUCGGCGGCGCUGAUGCUGGACGUCCACAUAAGAAAGGGGAGGAGGAAAAGGAGGACGGCGUGGAUCCAGAUGUGGAGGAGACGAAGGUCAGAGGGCUGCAGAGGCCGAAGUCUCCAGAAGUGGAGCCUGGCGCCGCCCCCCCGAGUCCUGAAGCCUGCGUGGACUGUCCCAUCUGUCAGGGGUCCUUCCCGGUGACGAAGAUCGAGUGGCACGCGGCGUACUGCGACGGAGAGGUGGCCGUGCUGGACGAGAGGGAGCCCGGAGUGUCGUCGAAGCCUCGAAGGAAGAGACGGAGAGCAGAGGUCGCUGAAGCCGAGGAGACAAACGACUCCGUCAGCAGCAGCAGGAACCAAGAGAAAUGCUUCAUCUGUCAGAAGAAGUUUUCUCUGAGAGAAUACAACCGACACACUGAGCUGUGCCUCCAGCGCCGAACCUUGAAGUCUGAAACCAGAGGAAAUCUGCUCUCAGCUCUGGAACAAACAGAAAACAGAGGAUCAGAAGCCGGGCCGUCAGGAACCAGAAUCCAGCCGGAAGAGGUCAUCGACCUGCGGGACGACGACGAUGAAGAGGAGGACGGCGUGCGAGCGUUGAGCAUCAGCAACUCUCCCAUCAGAUCCUUCACCCCCAUCUCAGAGGCCACCGGCUGCCUCAUCGACUUCAGGAGGCAGCAGCGAGCCAAGAAGCCGAGCCACAGACGGAGAUGAGGACGAGCUCGAGAGGACAAACGUCUCCAGGACUGAAAACAUCAGAAACCAGAGCCUUAAAUAGAACCUGCAGAUUUAUCAGGUCGGACGUGAAGUGACAAUGAAGACGAGAGACUUUUCCUCCUGAUGGAUUUUUAAGCAGGUGAACGUCUCAAUGUGGAAAAAUCAAAUUUCUGUGCCACUCUGUGUUUUUUGUGUUUCUGUUUUGCGUUGAAGAUGUUUGUGUCAACCUCCGUCUGUCCAACAGAAGCAUCCACACACCACCCUGAUCUGAAAGGUCUCCCCCACGUCUGAGCACAUUUACAUGAAUUUUCAUGCUCACAGUUAUCAAACAGCGUGGACCAGUUUUUAAAAUCAUCCUCAAGAAACCUUUUACUGUACCUGUUGUUUUCUUUUGUCAUUUUCUGUCUAUGACCUUUAACCUGUAUCUGCACUUUAGACUGAAUUUGCCAGUUGUGUGACUCAGAAGUAAAGUCACUGUGAUGCACUGAAACAAACAUGUCGGCUCCUUGACGGACGACGUCUGACGACACGGCACCGGCUCGUUGUCUCAACUGUAGAACCUCAGACGAUCUCCUGUGUCAUCACAUCUCGGCUGCAAACCGUCGACCUGAGGUUUCCUGUGAGACUCUGUCACAACGUUCGGUUUCAUCAACCGCGUCAAAGACAAAGAAACGAAGAACAAUCAUCACGCGUGAAUCUGAACCUUCAUUUACCUCAGGACUCAAAGUGGGACAGACUCUGUCCAGGACAUCAAGUGUCUCCGCUAUAAGUCAAACACAGUCACUGCGAAUAAACUCAGUAAAUAACACUUUCUAAUAAUUAAGAUACAGAUUUACUGGAUAUUGUCCUGUAACCUGCCGUCAGUUGUUUGUAGAAUCUAAUUUGUUCGGAGCAGUUCAAGAGAAUUCAUCAACUCAAGUGAUCAAAAGUCCAGAAUCAAAUAAAUCCACUCGUCUGAAGAUUCUUUGUAGAUUUUGAGUUUGUCUUUUUUAUAAUUGUUUUUAAAAUGUAAUUUUUUAAUUUAAUAGCUACAAAUGUCAAUAAAAAAUAUGAUUAAAACAUUUUUAACACAACACGA